CAGACUCUGCUCUGUGCACAACGCCUCCUGCAUGUCCUGCUGCCCCGAGCUGCCCUGAGCUAGGUGUCACGCUGCCACCAUGAACGAGGUGUCUGUCAUCAAAGAAGGCUGGCUCCAGAAGCGUGGUGAAUACAUCAAGACCUGGAGGCCCCGAUACUUCCUGCUGAAGAGUGACGGCUCCUUCAUCGGCUAUAAGGAGAGGCCUGAGGCCCCCGACCAGACCCUACCCCCCUUAAACAACUUCUCUGUCGCCGAAUGCCAGCUGAUGAAGAGGGAGAGGCCACGGCCCAACACUUUUGUCAUACGCUGCCUGCAGUGGACUACAGUCAUCGAGAGGACCUUCCACGUCGACUCUCCAGAUGAGCGGGAGGAGUGGAUGCAGGCCAUUCAGAUGGUCGCCAACAGCCUCAAGCAGCGGGGCCCGGGCGAGGACUCCAUGGACUACAAGUGUGGCUCCCCCAGCGACUCUUCUGCGGCCGAGGAGAUGGAAGUGGCUGUCAGCAAGGCGCAGGCCAAGGUGACCAUGAGUGACUUCGACUAUCUCAAACUCCUCGGCAAGGGUACGUUUGGCAAAGUCAUCCUGGUGCGGGAGAAGGCUACCGGCCGCUACUACGCCAUGAAGGUCCUGCGGAAGGAGGUCAUCAUCGCCAAGGAUGAAGUUGCCCACACAGUCACCGAGAGCCGGGUCCUCCAGAACACCAGGCACCCGUUCCUCACUGCACUGAAGUACGCCUUCCAGACCCAUGACCGCCUGUGCUUCGUGAUGGAGUAUGCCAACGGUGGCGAGCUGUUCUUCCACCUGUCCCGGGAGCGUGUCUUCACAGAGGAGCGCGCCCGGUUUUAUGGCGCCGAGAUCGUCUCUGCCCUCGAGUACUUGCACUCGCGGGACGUGGUGUACCGUGACAUCAAGCUGGAAAAUCUCAUGCUGGACAAAGAUGGCCACAUCAAGAUCACUGACUUUGGCCUGUGCAAGGAGGGCAUCAGUGACGGGGCCACCAUGAAAACCUUCUGUGGGACCCCGGAGUACCUGGCGCCCGAGGUGCUGGAGGACAAUGACUACGGCCGGGCCGUGGACUGGUGGGGGCUGGGCGUGGUCAUGUACGAGAUGAUGUGUGGCCGCCUGCCCUUCUACAACCAGGACCACGAGCGCCUCUUCGAGCUCAUCCUCAUGGAGGAGAUCCGCUUCCCACGCACGCUCAGCCCCGAGGCCAAGUCUUUGCUUGCUGGGCUGCUUAAGAAGGACCCCAAGCAGAGGCUUGGCGGAGGGCCCAGCGACGCCAAAGAGGUGAUGGAGCACAGGUUCUUCCUCAGCAUCAACUGGCAGGAUGUGGUACAGAAGAAGCUCCUGCCACCCUUCAAACCUCAGGUCACAUCUGAGAUCGACACAAGGUACUUCGAUGACGAGUUCACCGCCCAGUCCAUCACAGUCACACCCCCGGACCGCUAUGACAGCCUGGGCUCCCUAGAACUGGACCAGCGGACCCACUUCCCCCAGUUCUCCUACUCAGCCAGCAUCCUCGAGUGAGCAGGCUCUGCAGACCGACUGACCGCCACCACAGGAGGCACGGGUGGCUUUUUAAAACCUUUUUAUUUUGCUGGUUUUUUUGUUUGUGUCCUUGCCCCUCCCCUCGUCACCCCAUACCCAGCUCUUUCUUCGGCCCUCCCCCAAACUCCUCAGCGUCCCAGCAGCCCUUGCCUUCAGGGAGUGCCUGUCCCCCUCACCUUCGUGCCCAGACUAGUACUGGGAGACGCUCCACCUCCUGCCCCAGGAGCGGGCCUCUGGAGGGCUGGGGAGAUGAUUUUUUUUAAUCACCACAAGCCCCGACGAGGGGUGAAGCGUGGAAUGUGGCCGCCUGUCUAUGCACUGCUGCUGUGGGACAGAGGAGGCGGCCGCCUUGUGGGACGCGGUGUCUGGCGACGGCCCAGGCGCUGCCUGCCGUCGUGUGGCUGAGGCUCCCAGUGACCUGGCAUAGGGCAGUCCAGCCUCCCCCCAUGGGGGCAGAAAAGCAAUAAUGUCUGGGGCCCGGCAGGGGCCUGAGGAAGCUGUGGGCUCAGAGGGGUUAGGGCUCCCUCAGGUGGGUGGCACUGUGUCCUCAGCUCUCCC